AUGGCAAGCUCAACUUCCGGUCUAGACCCGCGGCCAGCUGCUCAUUUGUCGCGCAAUAAUGCCAAUCACUCCCUGACAGCUCUUCAAGGUGCCGUCAAUGCGUUCCAUGGGAGUCCGUCAAGAGGUGUUUCACCCGCCGCUAUCCAUAGAACCGCCAUGCCCAUGGAUACCAGCCGUGGCCCUGAGCCUCAUUCCGAGGCCGAUACGCCUGAAAUCGGCUCUGUAAAGGACAAGAUCGGGAGGUUCGCGGCACAGUCACAACCUCCCAAUUUGCAAACCACGCCCGAGAGAAAUCAGAUCAACAAGACGAUCACCAAACAACGGUCUAUGCAUCAGAUCGCCGCUCAGCUUGCUGCGGAGAAGUCCGCGAUGGCAAGCGAAAAGAGAAACCCUUCUCCGGCGCCUAGUAUGCGUUCGAUGCAGCAUGUGAAUAGGGUCUCGACUAUGCCCCGCAACCAAAAUCAACACGUGGACUUGCUGACGGGGGACUCUAUGGACGACCUGACGACAAGCACCAGUUCUACGCCAAGUAUCUCGGCAGAUGAGCAAGGCUUGCCGUCCAGAACCGGUUCUAUUCAACGAAAACCAAUAGGGGAGACAUCUCCUGCAGUGCCUGAGCCCAUACAGACGGCUGUAGCAAAGCCCCGUCCCGUUCCGCCGGUGCCACGGAAACCUCGAUUAGCCACUGGAGGGCUGAAUGUGACCGACACCGCUCUUCCUAUCCGGCACCAAACGCGGACUCCCGAGCCGCCUUUAAGCUCCCGUGCAUCGGUUCGCUCCAAGGCUUCAUCUACCCUUUCCGAUGAGAAAGCGCCUCCACUUCCUGCGCGACCAGGCACUUGGUCAAACCAGGGACCGAGAGACCAUCGAAAGCUCCUAGAUACCCGUGACCCUCCAAGACGACCAAUGAGUCCCGGCAUGGCAUCUGUAUCUGGUCGCUCGCUCAACACCAGCAGCUCGAGUCUACUCGAUAUGGACGAAGAAGCCCUGUCGGAUGCUAUAGUCGCGUCGUCGUUGGCCUCCAGCCGGGCACCACCACCCAGGAAAGUUCCACCCACCCCUCCACCGCAGCGCCGGCCAAGGUCGCGUUCAAUCUUACGCCUGCAGCACUCGGGCAGGAGUGAACAUUCGAUCUCCUCCAGCCCCCCGGGCACUAUGCGGCAUACACUCCGCGAUGCGGCCAAGUCCGACGACGAGGAGGCACAUACUCAGCGGCACAGGAAGCAUCUUGUUCGUAAGCAUCCCCACAAGCACCACGAAGGGGAUCGAAAACGGUGGCGGAGCGAAAUCACGGAAAAGGAGCGGAAACGGUACGAGGGCGUCUGGGCUGCCAACAAGGGGUUAUACGUGACCCCGUCCCUAUUGGAUCAGCAAACAGCACAGCAGGAUCAAGCGUCUGACGGAUAUCCCGCAAACGCGUCAGACAUGGUGGUCAACGUCGUGGUUCGCGACAUCUGGUCGCGCAGCCGCUUACCGGCCGUCAAUUUGGAGCAGAUCUGGGAUCUCGUCGAUCACCAGAAGAUAGGCAUCUUGAAGCGGGACGAGUUUGUCGUGGGGAUGUGGUUGAUCGAUCAACAACUGAAGGGCCAUAAGCUGCCUCCCAAGGUGCCCGACAGCGUUUGGUACAGUGUGAGGCGCGUGCCCGGCGUGACGUUAUCGCAGCAAAGCCUCAUAUAG